GCGGCUGGCGGCAUGGAGGAGGCGACGGAUGCCUACGCCUACGGGGACAACGAGACGGAGUGCGAGUAUGCCGAGUGGGGCCCCUCGCAGGCCCUGCUGCCCACCAUCUACCUGCUGGUCUUCCUGCUGGGCACGGCGGGCAACGGGCUGGUCCUCUGGACCGUCUUCAAGGGUGGCCGGGACCGCCGGCGCUCGGCCGACACCUUCAUCGCCAACCUGGCUGCCGCCGACCUCACCUUUGUGGCCACCCUACCGCUGUGGGCUGCCUACGCCUGGCUGGGCUACCACUGGCCCUUCGGCACGGCUGCCUGCAAAGUCAGCAGCUACCUGGUCUUCGUCAACAUGUACGCCAGCGUCUUCUGCCUGACGGGGCUGAGCUUCGACCGCUACCUGGCCAUCGUCCGGCCCCUGGCCACCGCCAAGCUGCGCUCACGGGUCAGCGGGCUGGUGGCCACGGUGGCCCUGUGGGCGCUGGCGGCUCUGCUGGCCCUGCCGGCCCUGGUGCUGCGGCGGGCGGCCGCCCUGGGGGGGGACACCAAGAUCACCUGCUACAUGGACUACGGAGGCCUGGCCGCCCCGGGGACGGAGGGCGCCUGGGAGGUGGGGCUGGGGCUCUCCUCCACCGCCCUGGGCUUUGUGGCCCCCUUCGCCGUCAUGCUGACCUGCUACUUCUUCAUCGCCCGCACCGUGGCCAGCCACUUCCGCCGGGAGCGGGCCGAGGGGCCCCGCAAGCGCAAGCGCCUCCUCACCAUCAUCACGGUGCUGGUGGCCGCCUUUGGGGGCUGCUGGCUGCCCUUCCACCUGGUCAAGACCCUCUACGUCCUGAUGGACCUGGAGGUGCUGCCGUGGUCCUGCGGCCUCCACGCCUUCCUCAACAACCUGCACCCCUACUGCACCUGCAUCGCCUACGUCAACAGCUGCCUCAACCCCUUCCUCUACGCCUUCUUCGACCCCCGCUUCCGCCACGCCUGCGCCGCCCUCCUCUGCUGCCGGACCCCCGGCCCCGGGACGGAGCGCUCCGCCAGCUACUCCUCGGGGCACAGCCACCCCGCUGGCGGCAAGGGGGGGCCGGUCCCGGGGGGCAAGCUGGACCCCGCCACCCAGGAGACGCUCUUCCGCGCCUAA